UGGUGCCGGCGAGUGGCUGCGCGAGGUGUCCGCGUGGUCCCUCCUGAGGCGGCCCGCCGCGUGGAAGGAGCUGCGGGCCGGGCCGAGCCGCGCAGCCGAGCCUAUGAGCACAUCGGUGGCGGGGCCUGACUGCUGCGGAGGCCUCGGCAAUAUCGACUUUAGGCAGGCAGACCUCUGCGUUAUGACCUGGCUGUUGGGUUACGUGGACCCUUUGGAUCCCAACUUUGUGGCAGCUGUGCUCACCAUCGCUUUCAAUCCACUCUUCUGGAAUGUGGUGGCGAGAUGGGAACAGAAAACACGCAAGCUGAGCAAAGCCUUUGGGUCCCCCUCCUUGGCCUGCUACUCCCUGGGCAGCGUCAUCCUUCUUCUGAACUUCCUGCGCUCGCACUGCUUCACACAGGCCAUGUUGAGCCAGCCCAAGAUGGAGGGCCUGGAUAACGCCAUCACUUACUGCCUGGGCCUUGCGCUCCUGGGCGUGGGCCUCGUGUUUGUGCUGUCCAGCUUCUUCGCACUGGGGUUCACCGGAACCUUCCUAGGCGACUACUUUGGGAUCCUCAAGGAGGCCAGAGUGACCACGUUCCCCUUCAGCGUCUUGGAUAACCCCAUGUACUGGGGGAGCACAGCCAACUACCUGGGCUGGGCCUUCAUGCAUGCCAGUCCCACAGGCCUGUUGCUGACAGUGCUUGUGGCCCUUGUCUAUGUGGUGGCCAUCCUGUAUGAGGAGCCCUUCACCGCCGAGAUCUACCGGCAGAAAGCUAUCAGGUUGCACAAAAGGAGCUGACUGGGCUGUGGUGGCCCUAUGAAGGGCCUGGCUGGCCUGCCAGCCUGCUCUAGGCACCCAGCCCUGCUCAGGGGAGACUGUCAGCCUCUGCUACCAGCUCACACCUGGCAUAGGCCUCUCCAGUGCCUUGGAAACUGCUGCCUUGGGGGCCCUGGGCAUGCUGCCAUGUGGCUACUGAGUCUCCCUGCUCCCACUGUGCCCCCACUUACCAAUAAAGGCGCCCUGACCCCAGCACCUCCCCCCAACCUCUUUCUGUCCUCAUCCAGUGGGAAAGAGCAGAGCAGGGGAGGGGGAUAUCCCCUGAGGGCUUCUGGGCCACAUUGGCCCUGCCCCUUUUUCCCAUUGGAACCUCCCAGUGCUGAGAGGUGAAGGCAUCAAUUACUGCCCUGGCUGUGGCCAUGGCCCCUUUCCCAGGAAGCACGGCACCCUGGGUCACCUGCACCCUACUAGCUGUUCCAGGACUUGCCUCACUGCCUCUUUCCCUGGGGAGACCCAGCCAGUGUCCACAAGCCUGGAGAUAUGUCACCAUGUUGUCAUUGACCACUCCAGUCCAGCUGGGGGGUUAACACUGCUGUUCCACCAAGAAAUGCCACCCAGUGUCUGAACACACAGUGAGUACCCCUCUGCCUACCUGAGCUGCCAUCCGAGGGGGUAAUGUGUAGGUACUUGUAAGGGUGGCAUCCAGCUAGGGAAGAUGGGGUGUGUGCCAAGUGGAGCACAGAUGAGUUGCUGUGGGGGCUCCAGAGGUGGCCAGAGGAGCCUUUC